GUUGGGUGUCGGGGUCUACGCCAUGACGUUGACGAGGAAGUGAACACGUGUGGGGGAAAAUAAGGUAUCCACGCUUGCUGUGAGGCCACAAACCGUGAGAAGAAAAGUUCUGUCAACUGUAAAACUUCAACAUGGCUGUCAGGGCAUCUUUCGAGAAGAACAACGAAAUAGGCUGCUUCGCCAAAUUAACAAACACAUAUUGUCUAGUUGCAAUUGGCGGGUCAGAGAACUUCUACAGUGUCUUUGAAGGCGAGUUGUCAGAAACCAUCCCAGUUGUACAUGCCUCAAUAGCAGGAUGUCGGAUAAUUGGAAGAAUGUGUGUGGGGAAUCGUCAUGGACUCCUGGUGCCCAACAACACCACGGACCAGGAGCUGCAGCACAUUAGGAAUUGUCUUCCAGACACGGUGAAGAUCCAGAGGGUAGAGGAGAGGCUCUCAGCACUGGGGAAUGUCGUAGCCUGUAAUGACUAUGUGGCGCUGGUGCAUCCUGAUCUGGACAGGGAGACUGAGGAGAUCCUGGCAGACAGUCUGAAGGUGGAGGUGUUCCGUCAGACAGUAGCAGAGCAAGUUCUAGUGGGGAGCUACUGCGCCUUCAGCAAUCAGGGGGGACUGGUACACCCCAAGACCUCCAUAGAAGACCAGGAUGAGCUCUCCUCCCUACUCCAAGUGCCUCUGGUGGCUGGAACAGUGAACCGUGGUAGCGAGGUCAUCGCCGCAGGGAUGGUGGUAAACGACUGGUGUGCCUUCACUGGGCUGGACACCACCAGCACAGAGCUGUCGGUCAUCGAGAGUGUGUUCAGACUGAGCGAGGCUCAGCCCAGCGCCAUCGCUACCACGAUGAGAGACUCUCUAAUUGACAGCCUCACAUAAGAUGCCAUUCCGCCUUGAAUGAAAGGUUUAAGCCAUCUCUGAAAAACAGGUGCAGAACACUUGCUAUCAUCUGAUAUGGUUAACACGUUCCACGUUUUGCAUUGGAGAUUUAUGGGAUAUCAAUGCUAGACUUCAUAAUUCCUUAAAGACAUGCUCCGGUACUUUGGCGACCUAAGAAAUUAUUUUUUAAACCUCCCGCUUUGGGCUGGAUGUGUCAAUGUGUAGUUUGUACAUGCAUAAUAUAUGAGAAGAAUUACCUCAAUUAGCCACGAAAUCCCUAGUUUGAAAGCGACUGUUUUCUUGAAGGUGUGCUGCGCCAUUUUCCUUACAUUUACCCCCACCUGGGCCAGUACCCUAGCAAUUCGAGUUCUAGCCAAUGAGCAUCAGCCCCUCUCAUUUGAGUGACGGCAAGCAAGAGGCCUGCCCAGCGUUAUCCAAUGAGGUGGAAGGGCAGAAACAGCGAAGAGAGUGCAAUGACGUGAUAUGUAACUUGUCAUGGAAAUACAGUGCAAUCUAAAAGUAUUCAGUAUUUUUCACAUUUUGUUACGUUACAGCCUUAUUCUAAAAUGGAUUAAGUUUUUUUUUUUUCUCCAUCAUCAAUCU